AAAAUACCGAAAGUACUAAAAACUUCCAGGGUCCUUCGCUUCGCAGCUUGUACAAUCCAACAUCAAGCACCCAUUGAAUGCGCUCUGCCUGUUUCCGACCUCCUUAGAGCUUUUGCAUCUUCAUUCGAGCUCUUCAACACCAACAUCGAACAUUCCUGAGUGCUGAGACAGGGCCAAGCGCGACCGCGCAUCUUCACCAUGGAUAUCAUCCUCGAAAUCGCCGACACGCUCGCCCUCGAUCGCGUAUACUCCUUCUUCCUCCCUGCCAGUCCAUCUCAAUACCUCUACCAUACCCUAAAAAAUGCCACUGCUCCAAGCUUCCCCAGUAUUCAUGAAGGAGCCAAUGGACCAACGCAGUUCAACUAUAUUUACGAACCAGCUUCCCAGUAUAUCAGUCUAAACCCCACAGAAUGGACAUAUAGCAGCUCAUUGCCUCGCAACAACAUAUAUCGACAAGGACUCAGCUUGUUCUUCAUAGUGUGGUUCUUCGGCCUUGUCCUCUACUUUGUUUUCGCAUCACUAUCGUAUGUCUUCGUCUUCGAUAAGACGGCCUUCCAGCACCCGAAAUACCUCAAAAAUCAAGUCCGAAUGGAGAUCAACCAGGCAUUCAAAGCUAUACCACUCAUGUCCCUGCUCACCUCUAUGUGCAUGUUGGCUGAAGUACGCGGUUAUUCGAAGAUGUACGACAGCCUGUCGGAGGCGCCAUUCUCACUGUACAACGUCAUCCAAUUCCCUUUCUUCGUCCUGUUCACCGACUUCUUGAUCUACUGGAUUCAUCGUGGUCUGCAUCAUCCGCUGGUCUACAAGACCCUCCACAAACCUCACCACAAAUGGAUCGUACCGACUCCGUUCGCCUCGCAUGCCUUCCAUCCGGUGGAUGGAUUCGCUCAGUCGAUUCCAUACCAUUUGUUCCCGUUCCUCUUUCCUCUUCAGAAGUUUGCAUAUAUUGCUCUCUUCGUCUUCAUCAACUUCUGGACAAUUUUCAUCCAUGAUGGAGAAUACUAUUCCAACUCGCCACUCAUCAAUGGCGCUGCCUGCCACACCAUGCAUCAUUUGUACUUCAAUUACAAUUACGGCCAAUUCACGACGCUGUGGGACCGAAUGGGCGGCAGCUAUCGCAAGCCGAACGACGAGCUGUUCAACAGAGAGACCAAAUCGGGCAAGUCAGAAUGGGAGAAGCAGUCCAAGGAGAUGGAAAAGAUCGUCCAGGAAGUCGAGGGUGAAGAUGACCGUGGUUAUCUUGCCGAUGGUCUUCCCAAGGGCAAGAAAGUUCAAUGAUUGGAGAAUAUUCGUCCUACAUGGAAGAUUAUGAUUGUUACAUUGGAGCGAUGAAAGUCACCAGUCUUCCAGGUUUGCGAACGGAAAACCGCAACAUGCACAUAUGUUUAGUCCUUGAGGGAGCAGCGGCCUCGAUUUGAGCAAUCUUCCAAGCACAUUGUACAUAGACCGUUGCUUGGGGCAGGUUGGCACUUCUCACAUAUGGGUUGGCUUUUUGGGUCAUUUUGGGCGGUUGGGCGGUUGGGCGUAUCUGCCAAAAGGAUUAAUCUUUCGAAACAAGCACUCCUAAUGACACUGAGUGCAGAACAACAUGAUCAACAUAUUCCGACCGCCUCUACAAGUGGACUUUCCCAAGUACCCUGGCUGAGGUGAUUCCACAGAAGAUUGAGAUCUCGUUAGCUCAAUGGAAUGACAUAGCAUGAUAUAUGGCCCGAGCAAAGGCUCAAUCUGUAGACCGUCGUGUACAUUCAGCAGGCGGAUCGUGCCGCUAGAGGUAUCUUGCCGUGGUGCUGAUCGGCGCUAUCACUCAUAGAAGCUCUCGAGGCUGUCGACAAAUAGAAGACAUCAACAGCAAGGCCGCAAGGCCUCGAGCCUGUUACCUACAGAUUAAUAGGAUCGGACUUGACGCCAUGAACACCAUUCGCUUUCAAC